AGAAGGCUGCACAGAGCUCAGCAGAAAACAUUUGUCUUUGUAACUGUGAGCCAUGAAGCCAUAUCAAUGCUGGGAAGGUUUUGGAAGCUGAAGGAUCUUAUGGACGUUUAUGUGUGUAAAAUACUAUAGAUGUGUUUAGGUCUGGUCAAAGCAAAUUUUAGGUUUCUGAAUUAUAAUAAUAUCGUCUUAUGGACGUUUACCUGUUUAUGUGUGCAAAAUACUAUAGGUGUGUGUUAGUUCUAGCCAAAGCAAAUUCUACCAGUUACAACUGUUACAUAGUUUCUGAAUUUAACAGAAAAUCGCAGCAUCUUGCUUUAUUAAACUUUUAUCUUACUGUAGCAAGUAUUCAGAUUAUUUUGACAAACAGUUUAGAUAAUGAUGCAUGAUAUCUAAUUGUGGCACUGCCUAAUGUCCUUCUGUAUUUGGUCUCAAUGUUGAAAUAUAUGGCUGAUAAUAACUCAAUGGUUGGUGGUGAAUCUUUAAUUCGAAAAAUCAAUGACCAGGUGAUUUUAGUUCAGGUUUUGGUAGCAGUUUUCCUUUGCAUCAACUUUUUGCUGAUUACAACCUUUUUUAUGAAGGAUUUCUUCUAUACAACCACGCGGUACAUCUUCUUUGCAAAUACAUUACUGUCUGAUUGUCUGAUUUUAAUUGUGACAAAUCUCUUGCUUAACCUGAGCUAUUUUCGCGUUACCAUGCAGAUGUGGUUGUGUCUCAUUAUGUUCACCGUGUCAUCUCUGUACAAUUUUGUCACACCAGUUACUCUGACUGCAAUGACCUUGGAACGCUAUGUAGCCAUUUGCAUGCCCCUGCGCCAUGGAGAGCUGUGCUCCACACGCAGCUCUCUGCACUGCAUCCUCAUUAUUCACGGCCUCAGCUCUGUACCCUGCAUUGUAGUUCUCUUAGUGUUCUUUGCAUCUGUCACCCAUAGCUUUUACAAACAAUACAGGGUCUGCUCUGUGGAGAUGUUCAUUUUGCACAGUUGGCAGAGGCAUCUUAGAUCAGCUAUAAGCCAAUUCUACUUCUUGAUCAUGUGUAUCAUCAUUGUAUUCUCCUAUGUUAAAAUAAUGAAAGUGGCCAAAGCUGCAUCAGGAGAGAAUAAAAAGUCAACAUGGAAAGGGCUCAGAACAGUAAUUCUUCAUGCUUUCCAGCUGCUGCUCUGUCUCAUCCAGCUGUGGUGCCCAUUCAUAGAAAAUGCUAUACUUCAGAUUGAUUUCAUGUUAUAUGUUAAUGUCAGGUACUUUAACUACAUAAUGUUUAGUCUUGCUCCAAGAUGUCUCAGUCCUCUCAUUUAUGGCCUCAGGGAUGAAAAGUUUUUUCUUGCACUAAAAAACUAUGCUCUCUGUGGCUUUGUCAAGAACAAAUCUUUAGAUGUAUUUCAUUUGACAAAUUAAAACUAGGAUUCUGCCACAGAAAUUGCUGCUUGUUGUAUGAAUGUACCUUUUUUAUUGAAAUUCUUUCAUUUAAUGAACAAGUAAUCAGUAAAUAUGCCCUUAAUUCAAUUUGUCAGUGUGUGUUCACACAGUACCCAUUUCUUGUAUGUAAAAUUCCUCAUCACUGCCUAAUAAGUGGCUUUAUUUAGGCUGUGUUCACAUCAACAAUUACACUGCGUCCUCAUUCAUUCAGACAGCGGUGGUCUUGAUGCAGAGGGCUCUGGCCAAAAAACGCAGGGUCAUCCAAAACAAAAGUUGAACAUGACUCAACCUUCACCACAGUGCAGUGCAAAGCCAAAAAGCUCAUCAAAAUGUAUUUUAGCAAUGAAAUCUAUGAAAAUAAAGUCUGUUCUAAGUACUUACUUCUUGAAACGUAAUACUACUUAGUAGGUAUAUAAAUAUAUAUUUGUAUGUGCUGACAACUGCAUUAUAGUGUGCAAAAAAGUAUUUAUUGAUUGUACAAUUAAUGACUCUUGGGUUAAAAUAAAGAGUCCUAUCUGA